AUGAGAACCGACGCGCUACUUAAGGUUGCUAUCUUCCUCUUUUUGGCCAUUCUCGCCCAGCUUGGCCAAGCGGGUCCAAUUUUGGAAUCAACAAAUGAUUUGACCGCUCUCAAGAUGUGUAAGUCAAUACUCCACUCCUACUGGUCCCAAACGUCAUUUUUUUCCCAUCUCUACAUUUCCAUAUUACAUUAUUCCCCGUUCGUUUUCCAAACCCGAGGCAGUUUCCGUCUACUGUAGAAUCGCUGCAAUGAGGUAAAUCCUUGCUCCAAAAGUUGAUUCCCACGAUGCAACAUUCCAAACUCAUUGUCUUUUCUCUCCAUAUCAGAGCAAAAAACUAUUUCCGAGUUUCCGGUCCCAUUUGGCGGCGAUAUUUAUGGGCCCAGCGAGAGAUAUAACAUAACAAUAUGGUAGACAUGACAUAAACCCUAAAUUAAGAAAACACAACAUCAUGAAAGAGUGUUGUUUUUAGAUCCAAACGCAAAACGGCCUUACAGUAAUCGGGUUUUUAUUACCCUCCCCCCUCAUGCCCUUUCGAAAAUAGAAGCCUUGUAAAUAAUUAGUAAAGUUUCUAUGGCCUUCAAACCAAGCAUGACGGCUCGUCCGUAUUCUCCGAAAGUCAUCAGUCUGUAACCGUCGCCAUUCAAAUUCAUCCUCUUUCACACAAAGUCAGCAAUCGUAAUACGAGAUGGAUUACGCUAGACCACUGAAUAAAUAAAUUCUUCCUAAACUCUAAAGUGAUGGCACUCCUCAGAAAGUAAUACUGACAGCAUUUUAAUAAUCUUUUUUUAGUACGAAACUACAUGGAAAGAUAUGGAGAGCCCGAUGGAGACGUUGGCUAUGUUGUGCUUGAUGACAUGAGGUGAGUGAAAACCUUGUACAUCCAUACCUUUUACGAGAGGCUCUCUAAAAAGAUCAUUUCAGGUCGAACAAACGAGGAAUGGGACCGCGCCCUCUCCGAUUUGGUUGA